CUCCUGUCAAACGCGGUGACGGAGGCCGAAGAGAAAAAAAGGCGGGAGCCACCAAUCCCAGGUGGAGCAAAAUGGCGCGGGAGAACGAGAUGCAGGAGUUCAUCCGUAGCUUCUUCCGAGGCCGCCCGGACCUCAGCACGCUCACGCACUCCAUCGUGCGGCGGAGGUUCUUGGCUCACGCGGGCCGCGACCACCUGGAGCCCGACGAGAAGCAAGCGCUGAAGCGACUGGUGGAGAAGGAGCUGCUGAAGGUGCAGGUGGAUGAAGCAGGUGCCAGGGAAGAGAGGCUAGAUCUUGCCAAGAAGGCAAAGAGGCCUCCCACCCCCAUGAGUGGCCCCGUGAGGAAAAGGUUCCGUUUCAAUUCGGAGUCAGAGCCCAGCUCUGCAGCCUCCAGUCCGGACUGCUUUGGCCCCCAAGCAAAGAAUGGGAUGGCGACAGUAGAAGUCAGUCCAGCUGAGGGGGAGAGGCCAAAGCAAGCCUCAGAGAAAGCAGUUGAGGAGAGCAAUGAUGAGGAAGAACAGCAGAGGGGCCUGACUGCAAGGACUGGAUUAGAGAAGCUGGCGGCCAAGGAGAGCAGUGAGGAAGAGGAAGAGGGCUCUGCCAGAACAAGUAAGGUCUCCAAGGAAGAGAGCAGUGAGGAAGAGGAGGAAGAGGAGGAGGAGUCUAAGGGCAGGGUUAGGAAGGAACCCGUGACAAGGGAUAAGCAGGCACCAGGCCAAACCACUGCCCGUAGGAAGCAGGCCAGGGAGGAGGGUGAGGACAGUGAGGAGGAACCGAUCCAGAGGACAAGAAAGAAGGCAGUGGGAAAGAAAGGAGCUAAAAGCCACCAGGAAAGUGAAAGGGACAGUGAGGAGGAGGAGGACACCCUGGCCAAAAAGAAAAACAGCAGGGAGGAAGAGGGGGAGAAUCGGAAAGCUGGAGCCCGGGGCAAUGGAGGGAACAAGUCAGCUUGGGAGGAGAGGAGCUGUGAGCAGAGAAGCAGGGCAGCAAGACUGCUGGGAGAGUCAGGGGACAGAGAGGGAGAAAAGGAAAAAGCAGGCAGUGGUGAUAAGAGCGGCGGAGAUGAAGAGCCCCUGGUGCGGAGGAAGAGGAAGGACGGGACCCCGUGGAAGGGUGGGAAAAGGCAGAGUGGAAGCAGCGAGGAUGGGGAAGACAGCUGGGGAGAGGUGAAACCAACUACUGAAGGCACUGGAAAGACAGCCAGAGUGGGCAGUAUCAGUGGGGAGGUGAGCGACUCGGAGAGGGAGGUGAGUGACCGUGAGGCAGGGGGCAGCCCUAAGGGGGAGAAGGAGAACCACUCUUUCAAGAAGAGCUCCAGGAAAGGCAGGACGCGAAGCUCCUCCUCCUCGUCCACAGAUGGCAGUCCGGAACCCAAAGGCAGGAAGGCUGGCCCUGGUCGCCGUGGUGAGGACCACCCAGCUGUGAUGAGGCUGAAGCGUUACAUUCGGGCCUGUGGUGCCCAUCGCAACUACAAGAAGCUGCUGGGCCCCUGCCGCUCACACAAGGAGCGCCUCAGUGUCCUCCGGGCAGAGCUGGAAGCCCUGGGCAUGAAGGGUAACCCUUCCUUAGAGAAGUGCCGGGCCCUGAAGGAGCAGCGGGAGGAGGCGGCUGAGGUGGCCUCCUUGGACCUUACCAACAUCAUCAGUGGUUCAGGCCGGCCACGCAGACGCACAGCUUGGAACCCUUCAGGAGAAGCGGACGCCCCGGGGGAGCUAUACCGCCGGACUUUGGGCUCAGAGGAUGAGCAGCCCCGUGCCCCACCCCCAGACUGGUCACAUAUGCGCGGCAUCAUCAGCAGUGAUGGAGAGAGUAACUGAGCUCCUCCCCUUCCCCAGGAGGCUUUCCACUUGGAGAAAACAGAUCCAGCACCCACAGCCCCCAUCCCAGUCGGUGCCUGCAGAGCUUCAGAAGCAGCUUUCUUCAGAGAAGACUUUGCACCCCCAGGGACACACGUUGUUGGGAUCCUAUUUCUCAUGUUCUCAGUUUAAGGUGUUUACAGGGGUUUAUCGUUUAAGACUCAAUAAAGGAGUUGUUUGAAUCACCUCAUCAAAACUGGUCCCCACUUGGGGCGCCUGGCGGGCUCAGAUGGAGAAGUACGUGAUUCUUGAUCUUGGGGUCGCUGAGUUUGGGGCGAAGAGAUUACUUAAAUAAAACUUAAGAAAAAGAAAACCGACCCCACCCUCACUCCCUGUACUUUGGGCCAGGAAGGUGAGGAGUGGCCACUGUCCCCACCCAGUCUGGUUCCCUUUUAUUUCCCCCAGGUUCUCCAAAUGAAGUCCCAGCCUCCAGACCCUGCCAUCCAGUCUGCCACCGGGCUCUAUCAAAAAAGAGUGGGGCUCCUACCCCGCUUCCUCCAGCCCGACCAGCAGGGCCCUCACCAUCCUGCUUUUAAGCUGUGUUACAUGCCUAGCUGGGAGGAGGGUCUGAAUAACUGGCUUUAAGAAAAAUGUGAGAAACAUAAUGAAGUGAC